AUGACAAAAUCCAACAGCGGUAAAAGACAACAAAAUUUAUUAAAUUACUUUAAAGCAUCCAGCCAGGAAGGACCCAUGAGGCCUAUUCAACAUGCAUCAGAAACUUCCCCUUCUACGUCUAUUCAGACAAACCGCAACGAACAAACGCCUGAGACCCUUGGAAAGAAGAAAGGGCCUAUUGUUCUCAUCAGAACGAAGAAAAAGCCUACCAUGCCCCUCAGAAAGAAGAAAGGGCCUGUCAUUAUCGACAGCGACGAGGAAGAAACUGAUCAUCAAGAUGACGAUAUGGACGAAGAAGUCAUUCCUCGCAAAACAAACAAAAAAAGGAGAUUGAUUGUGGAAAGUAGCGAUGAAGAUGAGGAUGUGGAAGCACCCAGCACUGUCGCAUCCGAAGGGCUUGUUUCAGACCCUGAUGAAGACAUGGAGGACGAUUUAGAAUUUUUGGAUAAAUCAGAUAUACUUACAUCACGAACAAGAGGCAAACGUCUCGACAAGUAUGCCGAGAGCCUGAAGAAACUGAAAGAUCGAAAAGUAAAAGCAGCGCAGUAUGACAACGUACAGGAUGGUCCAAUUGACUCGUUCGUCUCGUCAAGGCGUCGUCCUGUCGUUAUUUCGUCAUCAAGUGAGAGUGAUGGAGAUGAAGACAGUUCUGAGGGGGGCAGUGGCUCGGACGAUGAAGAUGAUUUUGUCGUGGAUGAUGAUAUUGUCGAUGGACAAAGGGUUGAGACACCCAUUGUGAACGCCGCUUUGCCAGCCGAAUUCAGCACAACGAAAUCCAUGUCGUUCAAACGGCAAAUGGACUUCUACAUCCAAUCCCUCAUAGAACUUGUGUUGGACCCAGCUUUUGACAUGUCAUCAAAUCAGAAAUACGCCUUAGCAAAUGAAACCAUCAACAGGAGGGUACAGGCAUACAGAGACUCAAUGGCUACCAGCGACGUUUGGUAUCCCGAGUUUAAGUCUGACGUAGAUAAAUAUCCAAAAUGGGCAGAAAUUCGCAAUUAUGUGUAUGAUGGAUUUGAUGUCUGUGAAGCCUGUCGAGCCAACAAACCUGCCAGCAUGUCUAUCAAACUCUAUUCAGAUGAUGAGCUUGACUAUGAAACAUAUCACAUUGGAAGCGAAUGCAGCAAAAAAGCAUUUAUUUACCACGAGCUGAAGCAUUUCCGAGCCCACAUGUUCCAGAAAGUGCGCAGCCUUGUCAAUGAUAGACGUUACUUUGCCAAUACUAGCGAGGAAGUGUUUCAUAAUCUGUUACAAACGGGUCAUGUCAGAACGUUGAGAAAGAGCAUAACCAAGCUAUUCUCCAAUGUUGUAGUAAGAUACAACCCAAGAGGACAAAGGGCAGGAGUUGUCGAAGAUGACAGUGAUGAUAGUAGCGAGGAUGAGGAUAUGUGCUGA